UCUGGCGGCUGGGAAGGCACCUUGAAGUUGUAGCAUCUGGUUGCAAAAACCCCAAGAGACAGCGAGAAAUGGAGAGAAACCAGAGAUAUUGACGGCUGAUGUUCCAGGCUCUUGGGAAGUUCGACGUAUGGGGUCCUCCAGCUGAGCGAUGAGAAAUUAAUGGGCAAACGAAAGAGGCAGGCGAGCCCGGGGUCUUCUGCCGGAGGUGAAGACAGGAGGUGGGAGGAAAAGGAAGAAAACCGUCCGUCUGAGCAUGGCCCACAGAACAUGGUAUCGAAUGAGGCUAAAGAAAUCUCCUGUGACUGGUUUCUGCUUCUUGCUCGCCUUGUCUGUGGUGGCUCUUACUAGUUUCUCUUCGACAUCCCUGAACAGCUACAAGAAGUCCAGUUUCCAAUACCUGCCUGGGAACGAGCCUCAAGGGAAAGCUGCCCAUCUCAAGCGUUUGUGGGCAUCCUCCACUGCCCCCAUUGCCUGGCAUCAAAUCCGCCGGGAAUGGCCCAGCCAUCAGGGAAGACAAGCUCUGCCAAACCCCAGCUCAGCCAGCAAACAGAAGAGCCAGGCUGGGCGAAAUCUUAGGGGUUUAAAAUCAAAGCGGCAGGUUAAGAAACACAACGUCGUCGCAGCAAAAAGCUCUGAAUGCAGCAGAGAACUCCAGCGCCAAGCCUAUCCCUCCAGGACUGGCCAUAAAAACGUGAGAGAGUUUGAUGUCCCUUUUGCCAGUGAAGAUCUGAGCUCCUCUCUUGGCGCAAAGAAAGUGGUGGGUCGGAAACCGCAGAGGGAGUCGGCCGCGUCCUCUCACCCUUUCCGAGAUGCGGAGCUUGGAGCUCUUUUAUAUCCCAAGAAUGCGUCCACAGGCCAGCAGACUUCUCCGCAGGAACAAUGUAAGUCAGAUGCGCAGACAGCUGGAGCCAGGCAUCAACGCUCAGGUGUCGUCAAAACCAUCACCUCGGGCAGAAAGUCGUUCCGCAGCAUGACAGGCAUUGGGGAACCGAUGGAAAACUCUCGCUCUCAGAACCCAGAACCACCUCCGUUUUGGGCCAGAGAUGCAGAGGAGCUUCAGAAAUCACAGUGGUGCAAGGAGCCCCAACCCAACGGCUUUUCUGUAAGACGAGAGGGCAGUCUGAGGUUGGGCGAGAAUGCCGUACCGUGGUUUACCCUGGACGAUGUGGAGAAGAUGAAACUCCUUGCCAAUGGCACAGUUGUGAGCAAACACCGAAUCCCUGCCCACGGGCAAAUACUCCGGGUCGUCCUUUCGCCCACCCAAGACGCCAUUUCCCACGAUGCCAAAAGACUCUGUUCUGAGGGGCUGUGCGGAGUAAUCAAAAGGCCCACCGACCUCUAUGAGGUUCUGGCUUUCCACUUGGAUAGAGUCUUGGGGCUACACCGGAGCCUGCCUGCAGUGGCCAGGAAGUUCGUCAGUCCCCUGCUACCGUACAAAUAUACCGAAGGUGCCGCCAGACCCAUUGUAUGGUGGGCCCCUGACAUACAACAUCUGAAUGAUCCCGGAAACGACCAGAACUCUUUUGCUCUAGGGUGGCAGCAGUACCAGGAGCUGCUGAAGCAACGCUGUGGCAUGGAAGAUUCCAGAACAUCUCUUGGGAAGGGACGAUGUUUGACUGUCCUGCAUUCAGAAUGGGCCAAACUGGCCCUCUUUGACUUUCUCCUGCAGGUCCACGACCGCCUGGAUCGAUACUGCUGUGGCUUUGAGCCAGAUCCUUCUGAGCCCUGCGUUCAGGAAAUGCUCCACGAGAAGUGCCAAAACCCUGCCGAGCUGGUCUUGGUUCAUAUCUUGAUCCGGAAGAGCAAGCCUUCACACUUAGUAUUUAUUGACAACGCAGGCAGACCGCGCCAUCCAGACACAAAACUGAACUUCAGGCUGCUGCAAGGCAUAGAUGGGUUUCCUGAGACAGCUGUGACUGUGCUCAGGUCAGGAUGCUUGCAAAACCUGCUUUUGCAAUCUCUGUAUGUCGAUGAGGAAUUCUGGGGAAACCAAGGUGGACGUGAAGGAAUGAAGCACUGGCUCCAAACCAUCGACAGGAGAGGACAGAUUCUGCUUAGGUAUAUUCAGGAGCACAACUUAACAGUCACAAAAGAAUCCUCGCUUUAGUCUUUCUUGACAAGGGUGACACGCUCACCUGCAACGAAAAGGAGCUUUUGAGCUUUGUCUGUGAAAAUGCCUCUGUGCCCAGAUCUGCCAGCAGACACACAGGCCUUUGACUGGCUAUGUAACUUCUGUCAUAUGUGAAUUCUGUAAAUAAAGCUAAUUUU